UCCAUCAACAAACAUUGUUGUGUCUUCUUGUCAGGUCAUAUCCCAAUCUAUCAUCUAACAUUUUGUUUUAAAUUGAUAGAACUGGCCUUUUUAAAUGGUCCUUUUUACUUUAAAUAAUCUUUUAUUCAGUUUCUCUUACAUACGAGCAUGUGGUAAUUCUGAAUGGGGAAAAUCUUAUUCAUAGGGAAAUUUUCGGAAUGACGACAGCAAAGUUUAAAUCGUGGGGAAAUAGUGAUAGGAGUGAAUAAAACAUUUUAUUCUGGAUCCAGUCGAAAUACCAUUUUGCCACGGCGUGGAAUUUGUGGCCACCUUUCCUUCGUAUCAUCGCUCUGGUGCAAGGAGGAUGCCUAUUGGUGAACGCGCUGGGGAAAACGCCAAGUAAACAGAAUUGUUUGGAAAUCCACUAAUUUAUCCUCUAAAAGAGCUUACAGUGAAGUUUUCAAACCUUCUGCUUGUUUCGAAUUCCCACGGGGGUAAUUAUAGCGCACAGUCGGAGGUGACGUCCUGUUACUUUGAUUCCAAAUAAUUACCAUUACCACCAGAGUGACGGUCCAGCAAACGGGGAAAGGGAAGAUUAGCGUCGCGUAGAAACGAGCGACCUGGUGUACUGGAUGCAGGAGUGAUGAAGAUCUCUAUGGAAUGCACAGGAAAGCAAAAAAGGUUUCUGCAGCAGCUACUCAGUCAUUGAAUCGUAAAAGAGGAGAGAACAAUGCGUGGUUCACAAAGCCGACGGUUAACCAAUAAAGGAUAUUGCUAAAGAAACAACGCAUAGCCCAGUUCCUGUAGUCGGAAUAUUGCGGGAUUUCCUAACCACAUCUAAAGGAAUUCGUUGCGGGCUCAAGAACACGUCGGCUGCACCAUUCAGGUAUGGGCUAUGAAGUACACUGCAGCGCUACAAUGAAAAGUGUGUGGGUCGUUGCCGUCAUCGUCAGCUUCACGUGCCGUCUUAGCCUCUCACAGACCACCACAGGGACACCGAACGAGGCAGAGCUCAAUGACAACAUCACAGUUUUCACUCGCAUCCUCGACGGACUGCUGGAUGGCUAUGACAACAGGCUGCGUCCCGGCCUGGGAGAAAAGGUGACUGAGAUUAAGACCAACAUCUUUGUCACCAGUUUUGGCCCUGUAUCAGAUACUGAGAUGGAGUACACCAUCGACGUGUUUUUCCGGCAGAGCUGGAAGGAUGAGCGUCUGCGAUUUAAGGGCCCCAUGGGUAUGCUGCCGCUGAACAACCUACUGGCCAGCAAAAUCUGGACCCCUGACACCUUCUUCCUGAAUGGCAAGAAGUCCAUCGCCCACAACAUGACUACGCCCAACAAAUUGCUUCGGUUGCAGGAUGACGGCACACUGCUCUACACCAUGAGACUGACCAUAUCUGCUGAGUGUCCAAUGCAACUGGAAGACUUCCCCAUGGAUGCUCAUGCCUGCCCCCUCAAGUUUGGGAGUUAUGCUUACCCCAUCUCAGAGGUGGUGUACAAGUGGACACAGGGCCCAGCCGAGUCUGUGGUUGUGGCAGAGGAGGGCUCACGACUCAACCAGUACCAUCUGGUUGGCCAGACGGCUGGCACUGAGGACAUCAGCACCAGCAGAGGUCAGUACACAGUGAUGAUGGCCCACUUCUACCUGAAGAGGAAGAUUGGCUACUUUGUGAUCCAGACAUACAUGCCCUGCUUCAUGACCGUCAUCCUGUCGCAGGUGUCCUUCUGGCUCAACCGCGAGUCUGUCCCUGCUCGCACGGUCUUUGGCGUGACCACUGUCCUUACUAUGACCACGCUGAGCAUCAGCGCCCGCAACUCCCUGCCCAAGGUGGCUUACGCCACAGCCAUGGACUGGUUUAUCGCUGUCUGCUACGCCUUUGUCUUCUCUGCCCUCAUCGAGUUUGCCACCGUCAACUACUUCACCAAGCGCAGCUGGGCCUGGGACGGCAAGAAAGCUCUGGAAGCUCAGCAGCCCAAAAAGAAAGAUCCACUGGCACUGUCCAAAAAGCCCAACAACACGUGCUCCACGGGUGUGAACUUCACAGCAAACAUAACAAAGGAUGCGGCCAUCGCCACCAUUUCCAACAGCACGGCUGUGCAACUGAAGACCGCUGAGACCAAAGCUGCCAUGGACCCCAAAAAGACAUACAACAGCAUCAGCAAAAUUGACAAGAUGUCCCGGAUAGUGUUCCCUGUGCUUUUUGGCACUUUUAACCUGGUCUACUGGGCUACGUACCUCAACAGGGAGCCUGUUAUCAAGGGCGCUGUUUCCCCCACAUAGAACGGUGGCCAUGGCUGCUGUGACCUACCCUUGUUCACCCCUUCAUAUUCUCUCAUCCACCACCAUGUCAAAGCGGACCUACAAGGAGCAAAAAUGGCGCCAAUCAUCUAUUCACUCUCAACGUAUCAAAAAGCUCUCCUCUACUCUUCCUUCUGUUUUCAAAGAUUGCAUGAUCGAUUCAAAGCUCUGUGGGAAUACUAUUACCAUAUCUGCCUUGAAUUUCUACUAUCUAUUACUCUUAUACUAGGAUUUCUUAGGUGAUUGUUGCAUUUAUCUUCUAUGCUAAUAUACAUAAGCAAGGAUUUCACUCAUAACAAAUCAGUUUCCAAUUUCAAAAAUGAUGUAAUGAUUUGACAAAAGCAAUUAUGCAUUUGGCAUCCACAUUUAUCAGUGAGUCAAACAAAUGCACAUAAUUACAAGUACAGCAAUGCCAAAUGCUAUGCAAAAAAGAAAGAAAACAUUUUCUACUGUAACAAUGCUUAUUGAAAACCUUGCUUUGUACAAAUGGGCUCAAGGCUUCUGGUGUUGAAACUCGAGCAUUUGAGGCAUCGAGCAGAGAUGCAAAGCGGACUAAUAGCCAUGCUAAAAGUGUUGCCUUGGGAGAUAUAAUGCCAUGUGUGUGCACUGAAAUCUCCAGCGAUUACUUUUUAAAACAGUUUUGAGUCCACUUUCAUUUUACUCAACUUUGCUAUAGCUUGAAGCCAUUUUGAAGCAACGGGCUGACUUGUAUUGCACCCUCUAUUGGCAGCUUUUAAAACUUUGCUCUUUACUACUGCAGUAUGGGGAGUAAAGAAGGUCGGGUUGCAGUUAUGACUUUCAGAUCACUUGUAUAUAAGCUGUGAAUGCUUUGCUUUAUUAUCAGCUCUUGGCCCUUGUGGCAGGAACUGAAUGUUGUGCUAUAAUGUUAUGACAAUGUGCAGCUAAACAAAACAAAACAUAAACACAAGCUAGGGCUCCAGUCGUGGAUCUGCAGAUUGGAUCGUUGCAUAGUAUGGGCUUCAGCUUUUAUAGACUAUGGAAUUCUUUUCCGACUGUCACGUUACCAGGCUUAGUGUAGGCAUUGUCAUAAAUAUUAAGUUGUUGUUUUCCUGCCUGUAUUGAUAUGAAUUGCUUAUGAACUUAUUUAACAUAGAGUAGAAUUUGAUGCAUUUUCUUUCCAUGUAUUGUGACUAGGUGAAGUUGUUAUGGCUUGCUGCAGCAGGACAGAGAGAAGCACUGAAUGCUAUCACCUAGUACAGGCUUGUUUUUUCAUGCUCCCAUGGAAACCAAUCUACAUGACUUUUCGUCAGGCAUAAUAUCAGAACCGAAGGUUUACUGAAACUGCCCAUAUUCACCAAGAACUGUCCUUGAAUAUGGAUAAAGGAGCAGAUGGAAAAAUGUGUAUGUGUGUGUAGAGAGAGAGAGAGAGAGAGAGAGAGAGAGAGAGAGAGAG